AUGCUCAUGGGAGAACUCCCAAGGCUGCCCGCAUGGGUUGUCGCCCUGGUCGCGGUCGCAGCUGCGGCGGCGGCACCGGCAACGCCCGAGGAGACGCUGGGCGCCCACGCGGCGCGCUUCGUCGCCAGCCUCGCGGCGGCGGACCGGGCAGCCCUCGACGAGCGCAUCGCGCGCAAGCGUUCCCUCGCCGCCGUGCCCGGCCUCCUCCCGGCCCUGCCGGACCACUUCGUGGCGACCGACCGCCGGCGGCUCGAGGACGCGGCGCCGCCCUGCGGCGCCUGGGAGCACUGCCCCUACGACGGCUACUACAUGCCCCUCCGGACGCGCGUCGUCGCGGACGGCUCGUCCGUCUUCGUCGAGUACGCGACGUACUUCUGCUACAACGGCUACCUGAGCUGGUGCUCCCAGUGGUACGGCGGCCGGCGCGACGACGCGGGCCGCUUCGAGACGUGCUCCGACGCGUCGGACACGUUCUCGGGCAGCAGCACGUGGACCGUGCUCCUUCGGGACGUCGAGGUCGCCGCGACCUACGUCGACGCCAACGGCGCGACGUCCUACGCGCUCCGGGUCCGCGAGGCGGAGCACGGCUUCGUGGAGCGGGGCGACGACCGCUUCGUCGACGGCAA